UUUAUUAUUUAUUGUGUGGAUAAUCGCCGGCAUAGUGUGCUUUUAGUUAGAUUUAAGUUUCAAUAAUAAAAUUAAGUAAUGGCGGGCGUAUUAUUUGAAGAUAUAUUCAAUGUGAAAGACAUGGAUCCAGAGGGAAAGAAAUUCGACAGAGUAAGUCGAUUGCACUGUGAAUCUGAGUCAUUUAAAAUGGACCUGAUUCUGGACAUAAAUUCUUGGAUUUACCCUAUGGAAUUGGGUGAUAAAUUUAGAUUGGUUCUCGCCACGACACUCAGGGAGGAUGGGUACCCUGACGGCGGAGAGUGGAAUCCGUUAGAGACGGAGGGAAACCGCGCUGAUAGUUUCGAAUAUGUCAUGUCUGGAAAAGUUUAUAGGAUAGAGGGCGAUGAGGCAGCUAUGGAGCCCGCCUCUCGGCUAGCUGCGUACGUCUCAUUCGGAGGACUGUUGAUGAGGCUGCAAGGAGAUGCUAACAACUUGCAUGGGUUCGAAGUUGACCAACACAUGUAUUUGUUGAUGAAAAAAUUAGCGUUUUGAUUAUUUUAUAUUACUUUUAUACUGGGUGUUAGAGUAAACACAAUUAUUUUUUAUAUCACAUUAUUUUGAGUGGAAUUACAAUCGAAAAAUCCUUUUUUUUUUACUUAGGCCCUGUAUAGGAGCACACUAGCACCUUCAUUAAAGUUUUAGUAAAAUAAUCAUCAGACUUUUGUUAUUUUAUGCUAAGAAAUUGAUAAAAAUGUGAUUGUGGCACUAAUGUUCAUCUAGAUUAACAUUUCUAAUAAUACACUAUUUGAACAUUUAUUUGAAUGAUUGUAUCAUUAUAUUUUAGCGUUAAAGACAGUGUUACUCUAAUACCCUUAAAAAUAUGUUGAUUUUAUGUGGGUGUUUUGGCACAGUCUGAAUGUGGAAGCGAAGUUUAUGUGGAGGUGGCCGAUUAGUCCGUUUCUGCUAAAAUCGACUUUUGAUCACUAGUUUAACCACAACCACAAGUUAAGAAAAAUAUUAUAUUUUCUUAACUUUUAUAUUGUCAUCUUUAUAUUAAGUUUGAAAUAAAAAAUGAGAUCCAUACAGUUGUCCGACGGCCUUGCUAAAGGCGAAAGAGCCGCCGGCGUCGACAAUGCAGUCAGGGUUGUCACAAAACAUGGAAGACAGUUUACUAGAUACUGUUUUAAUUUUUCUAAAAGUUGUUGUGUUCCCAAUGACCUGUAUCUACAAUGCACUGUGUGGUCGAAUUUCGAUUAUAGAAACUUACCAUUUAGGUUGGUUGGUUAUCCUAAUUUUGUUUUACCCCUCACUGUCAUACAGAUACAAGGCGGUUCUCAGAGCGUUUCGAUCGCUGCGGCCGCGCUGUCAUUACGAUCUGUCAAUUUUCAUUGGGACGGAAUCAUUUCCAAAGUCGACACUAAUUCAUAAAAUUUACAUUACCACAGCACAGACAAAUUCUUUUAAAGUCUGAUAGUAAACUAAUUGUAAUGACAGCGCUUCCGCUUCGAAACGUGAGUGUUUGAAAAUGAAACAAAUUAGUUCUUUAAGCACCAUUGAUGGUACAGUCAACAGCACAUCAACCUAUCCAAAAUCAUUGCAAACUCGCCGCUAUUACCGCGCCAUAGUUUCAUUCAAGGUAACUUGAUGUGCUGUUGACUGUACAUAUGGUAGAAUAGGUCCGCGACAAUAAAAUCAAUAUAAAGCUAUAUAUUAUCAUAACUUUAUAUUUUAACUUUUACCUGGAUGACUUGUAUCCACUUUUCAACUACCUACCUAGGUAUAAAUUUAAUCUAAGAAUAAACUUUUAUAAAGAUAUUGA